GUCACGGCCGCACAAGGGACUCAGAGCAGAGCAAAAAGAGAGAGGUGGAAAAAAAGAAACAAGUGUUCGAGGCGUUCGUGGAAACAGGAAGCAAAGAGGGGGGAAAGCCGAGCCGAGCACAGACUGUUGUUGUUGUUAUGAAAAAGAAACUUCGGAAGGGAGCGCUCUGGUUCUCACUAGCCCGUUAUUUUGCGCUUUUUAACUGUCGGUGCUGUCGGCUGAAGCGCGAGGACUUUCCGUCCGUUGCUUGGACACCGAUGAAGGAGGGAAGCUCGCGGACUAACGGCUACCUGAUCAGGGGUCUCGGGUUUAUUUGCCCUCCCUGACCGUCCACCACACUGGAACUAACCCCUCAUUACUGUUGCCGUAUUCCUAUAAAGGCAGCGCGUCACACUGCACCUUUUAAGCAAAGCCCUGGUGGAUUUUACCAGAGUAUUUUUACGUUUGAAGAAGUCUUCAGUCCGUCUGACAGGAACGGUGCACGCGCAGCUAACGCGAGCUAGCGACUUAGCUGCUAAUGUCAACUAACAUGGAGGGAGAGGUGCAUGUGUUACAUAACAGCCAAACGCAAUUAAAUCACCGACUUUUGACACCCAACAAGCACAGCGAUGGACGUGAAUUAAUCUCCAAAGAAUAAGACAGGCCAUAGACCGAUUUAUUUGGGAGUGAUGGAGUCGAAUCCGCUGAUCAGCGCGAUGGAUCCGUCCAUUACAUUGUGGCAGUUCCUGCUUCACCUCCUGGAUGAUCAGAAUCAGAAGCACUUGAUAUCCUGGACAUCUGGGGACGGGGAAUUCAAACUGCUGGACGCUGAGGAGGUGGCCAGACUCUGGGGUCUUCGCAAGAACAAAACCAACAUGAACUAUGAUAAACUAAGCAGGGCACUUCGUUACUACUAUGAUAAGAACAUUAUUAAGAAAGUUAGCGGUCAGAAGUUUGUCUACAAGUUUGUAACCUAUCCGGACCCAAACUCUGCUGAUGGACUGAAGGGGACCGAGGAUUCCCAGAGGGCCUCUACGGGGGAGAAACUGGAGCUGUCCAUCCAGACCAAACCUAUGGGUGGUGCUACCACCGCCAACCAAUGCCUCUCCAAGAGCCUGCAGGUUCAGCGCUCCUCCCCAAGUUCAGUGCAACGCAGCUCCCGCAACGAUUACAUGAAGUCUGGUCUCUACUCCACUUUCACUAUUCAGUCUCUGCAGACGCCCUGCAAAGGCAACUCCAAACUCAUCAAAACAGAGCAUGUCUUAAAUGACUGCAAUCCUAAACCUGCAUCUCUGGACCGCACCAUGCAUGAGAUGCGAGUUUGUCAGACAGAAGGACAGCAGGGAAGUGUUCAAGCGCAGUCGACUGUGGAGAGCAGCAAUCUGCAGGUGAUAGUCACCCAGCCUUCACCAUGUGCUACACCAGCCCUCAGCCCCCAGACUCCCUCCGGCUCUGCCACUGCAAUCACGAACAAUCAAGCACAGAAGAGCCAGAGUUUAGGAGACCCACCACAGAUCUACCUGUCUGACCCCAGUUCUCUAACCUCGCUCAUUCCUCUGCCUCCUGGAGAAUGUGUUGUCAACCCCUCUCAGCAUGUGUUUGUGGUCAUAAAGCCUCCGUCUGUUGGGCAGUCCAAAGAGUCCAGCCUUUCAGCGGAUGAAGACUUGCUAGAGAUUGUCAGUCUGGAGGACAAAGCAGAUGUUGAGCCGGUGUCUGCAGUGCCUGUUCCUGGAGUUACAGAUGCCCCAAUCCCUGUGGAUGCUACAUCCCCUUGCGUGGAGCCAGUGGGCCCGCCGGUUGGAGAAGGAGAAGUGAAAGAGAAACCUGAGCUACCUGAGGACACCAAUACUGCAUCAGCCUCCCUCCAGGCGAGCACGCAGGACGUCCAGCCUCCUAAAUCAAAGAAGCCACGUGUGCUGGAGCUGCCAUCCUCGUCUACACUGUUGCCCCCUGGACUCUCACUGGAUAAGGUCAAUGCAGCGGUGAACAGCCUGCUUGCCUCUGGCAGUGCCACAAACACCUUAACACCCACAGUCAUCACCUCACAUUCCCUGACUCCAGUGCUGCUGACACCGAGUCCGCUGCCAUCAACCAUUCACUUCUGGAGCACGCUCAGUCCUAUCGCUCCACGCAGCCCUGCCAAGCUCUCCUUCCAGUUCCCCUCUAACGGAAGCAAUCAGAUCCAGAUCCCAGCACUGAGCGUGGACGGCCUUUCCACACCUGUCGUUCUCUCCCCUGGACCACAGAAACCAUAACUCGCAUUUUAAUUCCUUUCUCUCCUGCCAUGGUCAUUGGCUCCCUCCCCAGCUAAUGAGGAGCUGAAGAUGGCCAAUGAAAGACGGGACACUCCAUAAGUUCAGCUGUGAGUUGGGCGGAGCCUCUGCUCCCGUGACGACUCGGCGACAGGAGUGUGCUCUCAGCCGGCCUUCACAAUUGGUUGACGGAGCAGCCCGGUCCUGGGCUCCAUGGUGGCAUUUCAUAGGCUAUUUGCUCUUUUGAUUUUCCCUUUACCUUUUAUACGGUCAUCAGCGAUUAUUUAUUUAUUUUUUGUGCAUUUCUAGAUGCACUUUCCUGAAUUCUCAUCAUGAGAUUGUGAAUUUGGAACACUGAGGUCUCACUUUAUUUUUGAUUUCUCACCAUAACAUUAUGAGCUAAGGACCAGACGAGGUAACCUUCGAGUUAAUUGAGGCAUGAAAUGCCAUUUUCCUUUACAGACAUAAAGAGUAUUGCUUUCUUAAAAAAAAAAAAACAUCUUUAUUUUGUAAAAACAGAAAGCAUGCGUUUGAAAUCUAACAGAUUAAAACGCAAGUUUCUUAAAUUUUUUGGCAUUACAGACACACAAAUCAGUUUUUAAAGGAUGUGAUACACUGUUGUUUUAAACAUUUUGUGUUUUUCCAUGGACAAAGGAGAAUGCCAGAGGGAUGUUGGCCAUUCCUACAAUUUCAAGAGGUGGAACCAAGGAGAAAAAAAAGAGAUUCUGAAUGAUACAAAGAUCUGCAAUGUAUCAGUCUUUUUCCUCUACGACGUCAUUCCUUUAUUUCAAAACUUUCUUGUAAAUAUGUUACACCCAUUCCAAGAUCUGACAGAUUCAAUUAUUUGUUCUUGCUUUCCUGUUUUUGAUUAUAAUUCUUUUAAGAAGCCCUUUCUCUGGCAGGAUCAACAAAACAGGCAAGGUGUCACACUGAAGCUUUGCAUUUUUUUUUAAAGAAAACGUCAGAGGAGACCAAAGACAACUGUUUAUAUUCAAUGCAUCUUAGCAUCUCUGUCUCCUUUUUCCCUCUCAUGUCUCUUUCUCUCGCUGUCAUUUUGAUUUUCACUCUGCCGCAUCAAAGGGCUAUAAGAACCUUCACACAACCAAAACGCUCACAUCUGACACUGUAUAUAUAACUGAUGCAUCCGACUCGCCAGCUAUAAGUGUAAAACUCAAUAAGUGUUGUAAUUGGUCAAAGUGGUGAAUGGCAGAACGGGAGGUAUGUAGCUUCAGCUGCUUUUGAUAUGGUUUGUAGUUUUGCGCAGACUUGGCCUGCCUCUUAUGCUAUGUUCGUCUGAUGUGUUAAAAUCGCACUCACGGUUGUUACCUCAAAGCUGUCAACAGCUUGAUGCGUGAAAGCAGACACUCAAAUACACCAAGACUCUUUCUUACCUACAAACAAAGCCAACGAUUAUAUGCAUAUAUUGUGCUUAUCGUUUGAGUCUCAAGUUUCCUAUUGGGAAAUCAUGAUGGUUAUAUGUAGCGAAAGCUAUUUAUGGAUAGUGAUUGCUUAUAAAUCAUGCAACUUUUACAGCAUGGCCAUUUUCUAUCAUUUUAAUCAGAUUAGAGUUUGCCGGACUUAAAACAAUACAUCUAUAUUUUCAAUUGGAAGAACAUAUGGGCGGUCGGUGUCUUUCACUACAUUUAAGUUGAAGCUUUUUUCUGUCUAUUCCUGUAUUUUGAUAUCUGCGUAAUUGUAAUGAACUUGGGAGGAUUUGCUCGUAGCAUGCUGCAAUUGCUUACGCGUGUCACCUCUCGGAUUGUCCUCUCCUGCAUUUUCUGCACAUCAUGGCUGAUUUGUUACGUCUUGUUAUGCCAACUCUUCUAAUCUCAGUGAAUGACUGUUUGUUUUUGAGAGAAGUCGCUUUUGAGAGAAGCUUUCGGUGGGCUCUGAUAUGUACAGAUGAUGUCACGGACGCCCACAAGUCGACACAUUGAAUGUUUUUUAGAGGGGCAUUUUGGGAUUUGCCCCACCCCCAGAUUUGCUAAGCUCAGUGACCUGAUGGGAGCUUAACCCAGAUCAAAUUCACAAACCAAAUUGAUUGAUUUUCACCGGUGAGUUACUUGUGGUUUUUCCGCCAUGCAUUUGCAAAAUAACAAGUCUGCAAUAUCAAAGAACUCACUGUGAUUUCUGAAUUUAUCGACUUGCAAUUAAUGCAUUCCCCGUUCUCGAUCUUUAAUGCGGUGUGGUAGCUCUGGCGUCUCGUCAAGUUUUCUCUCUGGAUCGUUUGUGCCUCUGAAUGUCUGUGCGGCUUUUGCUCUGUAAUGCACUGCGAAUGCAUUUGAGCUGAUGUCUCUGAGCGAAACUCCUCCUCUUUCUCCCUGCCAUGAUGCUGCUGUUAUCUUUACUGUACUGAUCAAUACAGUGACGGCAUCCUGCACACGCUUCCCCGAAUCAAACUAUUACAUACUGAUGACUUCAUGUAUCCCCGGAUGGGUUGUUUACAAACUAGCAAGCUCAAAAGACAGAAAUAGCGAGCCAUAUCUAUUAAGAACUGUUUCUGUUUUACAAAUAUUGAGGUAACUGAUUAGCGUUAGUGUAAUAUUAAUGAGCUUUUUGUCAUGUUGAUGAAAUCGCUGCCCCCUUUUACACAAUCAAUCUAAUGCUGCACGUCUCUGGACCUAAAAAAGACUGUUUGGGUAUCCUGAUACCACAAUUAAUAGGCCUUAAAGUUGGAUACGAGCUUGUCCAGUGAUAGACUAUUUUGGUAUUCAUAGCUUUGGAAUACAUUACUUAUUUUCUAAAUUCAUCCCAGAAUAUGGUUUAUUAAUGCAGAGGAAUAUUUAUUGAGCUAAAAAAACAAGGCUGAAAAUUGUUUUUGAACGUUUUCCCCAAUACUAUUUCCUUGUUAGACCCGAAAUUGUGGAGAAAUUGUAUUUGUGCAAGUUUUAAUUGUGCAGAUUUUGGAAAAAAAACAAAAAAAAACAAUUGUAAAUGAUUGUUGGUCGGUGUAAGUGUUCUAGUCACUGAAUCCUUUAUGCAAAUGAAGAUGUGUUACAUAAAAAAGCCAUUUAUUGAAUAAUUGAUUGGACCGUAGAGAUGUUGGCGGGGACGGUUUUUCUCCUUUGUGGAGGAGUUUCUAAGUAGAGUCUCUAUACCAGCAAAGAUUUCGUACCGUGUACAAUUUUUCCAUUGUAAGACAGUCAAUCAUAUCACUAUUUCUCAUUGAGAAAACCUGUUUAAUGCUCGCUUUACCUGCACUACCUGACAAAAGUCUUGUCGUCAAUCCCAGUAGUAAGAGCACCAAAUAAUAACUUGACUUCUAGUUGAUCAUUUGAAAAAGUGGCAGAAGGUCGAUUUUUCUGAU